AUGAUGGAAAAGGUUCAACAAAUAUUACGUCAGAAACAAGGUGGUGUUGACACAAGUUCUCAGGGGUUCAAAUUGUGCGUUUACUUUGCUAAUUGGUCUGUUUAUGGCAAGAAACAUUUUCCUUCACAUAUACCAUAUGAGUACUAUACCCAUAUCUUUUAUGCCUUUUUAAAGAUCAACAGUGAGACUGGAGAGUUGUGUUUUACUGAUGAAUGGUGUGACUUGCAAAUGCAAGAGGAAUCUUUGAUUCCCGGGGAAAUUGUUCAUGGCAAUUUGGAGCUGCUUUAUCAAAUGAAACGGCUUAACCGACUGUUAAAAGUUAUUAUGUCAGUUGGAGGCUGGGGAGCAUGCAGCCAAUUUGAGGCAAUAACUGAUGACAAGGAGAAGUUACGUUGCUUUGUUGAAAGUGCAGCUACUCUUUUGCUCAAGUACAAAUUCGAUGGUAUCGACAUUGAUUGGGAGUACCCCAAUAAUGACCAACAGGCAAGGGGAUUGGUGGAAAUCUUGGCCAAGUUAAGGCAGGCUUUGCCAAAACAGACCAUCCUUACAGUUGCCGUUCCUGGAGGAGAAGAAAAUGGGCGGUAUUUGAAAAUCAAAGAAAUGGACCAAUACUUGUCCUUUUGGAAUUUGAUGACAUAUGAUUUUGCCGGACAAUCGUGGUCUCAAAAGACUGGUUUCCAUUCAAAUUUAUUUGGCAAGAAUGGAGACAAUGAACUUUGCGCUAGCCAAGUGGUGCAGAGCUAUUUACAAAGAGGAGUUCCGGCGUGUAAGCUUGUUUUGGGAAUGCCAAUGUACGGACGUGUUUUUUGUGGGGUAUCAAAUUGUUUGAUAGGCCAACCUUUUGCAAAGACAAGCAAGGAAGACAUUAUAAAUUACAAUAAAAUAUGCGAGUUCAAAGAGCAUGGCUUUGAUCCAAGAAAAGUAGCUGCUUUUAGCUACGAUCCAGAAAAGAAGGAGUUUGUUACGUACGAUAAUGCACAAAGUGCAAAGAUUAAAGCAAGUUAUGUCAAGCUGAAUGGUUUAGGCGGUGGAAUGUGGUGGGAGUCAUCAGGAGAUCGAGAGAUUAGCAAGAGAGGAACUUGCGAGUCUCUAGUUUUUAAUUUUGCUGAGCAAUUGGGUGGACGCUCAGCUUUAGACAAUAGCAAAAACAAGUUGGACUAA